ACUCUUCGUAGUGUUUAUCUGCUUAAACGGUGCUGAUGGUGCUGACACAUGUUUCAAAGGUUAUAGAUUAUAUCUCGCAGCUGACACAUAAAUGAUACUACUGGUGAAUACUGUGUGCGAGUGAAAUAAGUAAUUGUAAUAAUCUUGUUAACGGCAACCUUUGGUUCGGAUCAGAAAGUAAUUAAACACGUGGAUAGUAAUUAAUAAGUUGGCUAUCAAAUAAUUGACAACCAUUAAUUCUGUCAUCACAUUCGAUUGAAAUCUCGUGUCGUCAUGAAACGAGCAGAGGAAACUUUAGCGGGAUGGAAGUUGAUAUGGUGGUUGUUUAAAUUAUUCGGCCUCCCGAUCACGAUUCCUUGGCUGGUGUAUCACUUUUACGAUGUUAUGCAGCAGAAGCGGAGAAGAGCAGCUCUUGGCAACAAGGUUGUGAUGAUAACUGGCGCUAGUUCCGGCUUGGGGGAAGCCUUAGCUCACGCGUUCUACAGCUCGGGAUGCAGAGUCAUCUUGGUGUCUCGCCGAAAAGAGGAGCUGGAGAGAGUGAAAAGUGAUUUGUUAAAAACUCAUCAGACGGUUCCAACAUAUAUGCCUAUUGUCUUGCCGUUGGAUCUAACUGACAUUAACAACAUGAAGGAUGAAGUGUCAAAAGCGAUAAUGGUACAUGGCAGAAUUGACAUCUUAAUUAAUAAUGCUGGCAUUUCGUAUAGAGGAGAAGUUAUUGAUACAAACGUCGAUGUGGACAUAAAAGUCAUGUUAUCCAAUUAUUUCUCUCAGGUUGCGUUAAGCAAGAUUGUUCUUCCGUACAUGAUAAAGCAGCAGUCUGGUCAUAUAAUAGGCAUAAGUAGCGUGCAAGGGAAAAUCGCUAUUCCAUUCAGAUCUACGUAUGCCGCAUCUAAGCACGCGUUACAAGCUUGGUACGAUACCGCAAGAGCAGAGCUAUCUGACAAAAAUAUAAAAUUUACAGUCGUCAUUGCAGGAUAUAUUAAAACAGCUCUUUCCCUCAAUGCCUUGACAGGAAGUGGGCAAACCUAUGGAAUAAUGGACAAAGCGACUGAAACGGGCUAUCAACCAAAGUAUGUAGCUGAACGCAUUUUGAAAUCUGUAUUGAAGCAAGAGAAGGAAGUUACUAUUGCAACGUUUGCUCCGAAGUGCGCUAUAAUACUUAGAACCUUGUUUCCUUCGCUUUACUUCUGGAUUAUGCAAAAGCGUGCGAGGAAAUUAGCACGAGAUAAAUAAUAUCUUUUAGUUAAGUACCACCAAUAUCUUACAGAUAACGUGAUUGCGUUUGUCAUGAAUUUAUGUACAUAAAUAUAUUUAUAAGAAAAUCUCAGGAUGCAAUUAUGUAUAAUUUCACAGGGGAUAUGGAUAAAAGCUAUGUAAUUUUGUACAAACAAACUUCCGCGCGAGUUAUUAUUGUUAUGUACAUAUUUAUAUAUAACAAGGAAAACCGGUUAAAUAAAAGACAUUAUUCAAAAGUA